GUAAAGACGCCACCUAGCGGCAAUAGUCGAACCGCGCACCUGACUUUGGUUUGAGAUCAGUUCUGCCCGGCUUCUUUGUUCAGUAAGGAUAUCACUGAGUGUGCAUUCGCUUUAUAACGGCUAAAUUAGAAAUGGCACCGCAAAAAAGAUCCGCAGAAGAGGCAGAAUCACUUAUAAGUGGAGUAAAGGCUUUAUUGGUUGAUAUUGAAGGAACAACAACACCAGUUUCUUUUGUCAAGGAUAAACUUUUUCCCUAUAUCACAGACAAUGUAGAAAAAUAUUUGACGAGUCAUUUUGAUGAUGCAGAAACACAAAAAGAUAUUGCAGCCCUUCGUGAGCUGGCUCUGAAAGAUAAAGAAGCAUCAACAGAAGGCGUUGUAGAAAUACCAGCCGCAGAUAGUAGUAAAGAAGAUGUAAUUAAAGCUCUUGUUGAAAAUGUUAAAUGGCAAAUGAGCAAGGAUAGAAAAUCCACAGAAUUAAAACAGUUACAAGGCCAUAUGUGGCAAGAAGCAUACAAAUCUGGAGGAGUGAAAGGAGAGUUAUUUGAAGAUGUAGCUGAUGUAUUAAGACAGUUACAAGAAGAGGGUAUACUAAUAUAUGUGUUUUCAUCUGGUUCUAUAGAAAGCCAAAAAUUAUUAUUUGCCAACAGUAAUGAAGGCGAUAUGACUGAUGUGUUUAAAGGUUAUUAUGAUACAACAACCGGUUCUAAAACAGAUAGUGCCAGUUAUAAAAAAAUUACAGGAGAAAUCGGUGUAUUGGCUGACGAAAUUCUCUUUCUUACUGACAAACCUGAAGAGGCUGCAGCAGCUGUUGGAGCAGGUAUAAGAAGUACUUUAGUCAUACGACCAGGUAAUGAUGAUCUCACAGAUGAUCAUUUACAAAACUUCUCCUGCAUCGAAAACUUCAGUGAACUAUUUGGUGAUGAUGAUGAUGAAGAAGAUAUGAAAAGAUUAGCUACAGGUGAUAAUGGGGAGGCAGAGUUAGAUGACGACGAUGAUGAUGAUGACGAUGUUGUUGAUGAAGAUGAUGAUGAUGGUGAAGACAGUGAAGGAGCAGAAGGUGUUUAAACUCAUAUCAUUGUUUCAUCAUUCACUUGCAGCAGU